AUGAAUGGUUUCGUUCUCUGUGCAAAUUUUGAUAUCUUUGUGUUGGUGUUGGUAUGCCCAAAAAAAGAAUUGAAUAUAGUGGUUGGCGGUGUCAAUCUUGAUAGCAUUGUGUUGGUGUUGUUGAUGUUGGUACGUGUCAAAAAAAAAGAAAUAUGCUAUGGUUACUGGUGUUAG